AUGGGUAUUGCAUUAUGGUUUUGUCCAGUCACUGGAUCUCAAGUAUAUGAUUCUAUUGAUUUGUUGAUCCAUUCGUUACAAACGUUAAUUCCAAACUCGCCGUUAUUCGAACCUCAUAUCACUAUCACUUCUGGUUUGAACAUCACCUCCCAGGAUGAUGUCAAUAAGAUACUUACCUAUUGUGUUGCAGCUAUGGAUUCCGUGAAACCAAGAGUCAAUGCUGGGUCCCCAAGAUCCAAUGGCCUUAGAUCUUCAGGUUCAGCUUCAGGUUCAACCUCUGGCUUCGAACUUGUUAAGUUUAAGAAUCUGACUAUUGGUAAACAGUUUUUCAAGAAAGUGUAUAUGGAAUGUGAUGAUAACAAGUAUUUGAUGAGUAUUGCUAAGAUUAUGCGAGAAAUGUUUGUGGAGAAUGGUGAUGAGAUUGAUGUUCAACAGUGGUUAGAUGAACAGUUCAAACCUCAUAUGUCCUUGUUGUAUUCCAAUGUUUCUCCAGUUAGUAGAGUCCAUCAGAGACUUAUCAAACAGAGAGUAGAGGAUGCUUUCGAUGUACCUAUGAUCGAAACCACACGUACACUUCCUUCAGAUAUACAAGCUCAAUGGGACUUGUUGCAGAUUCCUUUGAUUUCUUGGGGAUCUCCUGGUACUUUCAAGAUUGUAAGAUGUGAAGGUCCUGUUGAACAAUGGGAAAUUCUAGGCAAAGCUGAUGUCUAA